ACGUUAUCUCGUUAUCACAAAGCUGGUAAAAAAUGAUACUGCGAGCUCAUUGAGCCACAACUGUUCCAAUAAUAAGGGGAGUAGGUGACGAACAAUAUCAGUUUCUUCUGUGUGAGACAAGAUGAGAAUAUUUAGUACAAUGAAAAUGAAGAAAUUAUUAUUACUUGUACUAUUCUCAAUUUUCUUGAUUAUUAUUCUAUUUACAGUAACCCGCAAUUCACCCAUAAAUGAUGUUGAUAGAAAGUUUAGACUUGAAAAAAUCGAUGAACUUAUUCACUCACAAGCAAGUUCCUUAGCUUGCAAACAACCUAGACUUCCAGUAUUUUCGUCCGAAAUAAUGAAAUUUAUCCAUGAGGAACCUCCAAUAGUUUGUUCGAGUGCAGGAAAAGACUGGGUUAAAUGUGAAGGAAGUGAAUGUAAAAUUGAAGAACAUAUUAAAGAGAAAUUCGGUCGAGUGACGUGCACAUUUACAGACAUAAUUCGAGUAAACGAUUUUGAAUCAACAAAUGGUGAAACUACAGAAUCAGAUUCUUAUUAUAAACUGGAAGCAAGUGAUGUUGUUAGAGUUUUAUGUAAAUCAUCCAAUAGUCAAUGGUCCUCAACUUUAACUGGUAUACGAUUGGACCAGAGUGUUUGGACAAGAGCAAACUGGAAUAAUUUACCCCCCACAGCUACAAAGUUCAAUGUAUUAAUGUUUGGUUUUGAUUCUAUUUCAAGAAAUUCAUUUAUAAGAAAAUUGCCAAAAAGUUAUGACUAUUUGACAAAAAUAUUACAUGGAGAUGUUUUGCAAGGCUACAACAUAAUAGGUGACGGUACACCGCAAGCAUUAAUUCCAAUACUGACUGGUAAGACGGAGUUAGAACUACCAGACACUAGGAAACGGUUUUCAAACACUAAAUUUGUUAAUUCAUACCCCUUUAUUUGGAAUGAUUAUAAAGAUGCUGGAUAUGUAACUGCCUUUUUUGAAGAUGUGCCUGAGUUAGGUACUUUUACUUAUCGCCUGAAUGGUUUUAAUGAAACACCAACUGAUCAUUACAUGAGGCCAUACUAUCUAGCAUCACUGGGAGAAAGACGAAAGUGGCCUAAAUUAUGUGCAGGAGAGAUUCCAAGACACCAGGUUAUGUUAAAUCAGAUAAAAAAUUUUUUCACUGUUUACAAACAAAAACCAAAGUUUUUGUUUGGCUUUCAUGGUGAAUUAUCGCAUGAUGAUUACAAUUUGGUAGGAGUCGCUGACGAUGAUUUGUAUCAAUUUUUGCAGUAUUUAAAUCAUUCAGGUAUAUUGGAAGAUACAAUCCUUAUAAUAAUGGCAGAUCAUGGUCAUAGAUUUGCAGAAAUAAGAAACACACUUCAAGGAAAACAGGAAGAAAGGUUGCCGUUUUUUUCAUUUACUUUUCCACGUAACUUCAAAGAUCACUUUAAACAAGCUUAUGAGAAUUUCAGGAAAAAUAUUGAUAAAUUAUCAACACCUUUUGAUGUUCACGCUACACUAAAAAGUAUUGUAAAUUUGAAUGAUAUUGGAGUUGCAGAUAUCAGUAAUAGGGCAGUGUCUUUGUUUACAAAGAUACCAAGUGAAAGAAGUUGUGCUCAUGCAUACAUUGAACCACAUUGGUGCGCAUGUUUAGAUUGGGAGAAGAUUUCUGUGUCAGCACCUGUUACUCAAAGAAUUGCAAAUGUUUUGAUUUCAACUUUAAAUAAUUAUACUGAAUCACAUCGGCAUCUGUGUGAAGUAUUAAGUUUAUCAAAAGUUGAAUGGGUUAUGAAAAUGGCCCCCAAUGAAAAUCUCGUUAAAUUUAAUAAAAAUGCGGAUUUAGAUGGAUUUGUGGCUGAUUUGUCAGCCAAAAUGACAUUGAAAUCUGAUUUAUAUCAAAUUAAAGUGAUUUUAGUACCUGGAAAUUCAAUAUUUGAAGCGAGUGUUAGUUAUUUCAUUGAACAAGAUGAAUUUUCUGUUAAAAUGAGUGACAUUAGUAGAAUUAAUAUGUAUGGAAAACAAGCAAGAUGUAUAGAAAACGAUUAUCCACAUCUCAGAAAGUACUGUUAUUGUAAGGAUUAAUUGAUUUCAUGCUCAACAAAGCACUAAAACGCAUUGCUGUAUAUCUUUUUUCAAAUGCUUUGCAAGAGAGAAAUAUGUGUCUGAAAAACUAAAGAUGACAUACAGGGAAAUAAGGAAGACUGAAUGCCGCAUCAACAAGUAAUAAGUUAUAGGUACAUAUUAAGUUGUUGGAGAUUCAAUUUCUCUCUACCAGCUCCACUCAAAUCUCAACUUUUGUAUAUAAUAAAUAUAAUUGAUAAGAGCCAUUAUUUUAUAGGAAAGGGAAAAUUAAUUCACCAGUCAUUAAAAAUAUGUGUAGACUUAAUCAUGUUUGUAUUAUUUUCAAACUAGCAGCUAGGAAUGAUUUUUUCUUUGCAUUAAUAAGUUUGUUGAUAAUAUUUUUUUUAAUGGUUGUUGGCAUCAAAUAUGAUUCAGUUUUAAUUACCGAUUAUUUGUGAUUUGAGUACAAAUUACCAUUAGGUGCCUAUGACCUUAAAUUAAAAAGGCCCAGUUAGGUCACUUGGGCAACGUGAGAAUUUUUAAACUAUUGUAAUAAAUAUGUAUAAUGAGCUACGAAGCCGUUUUUUUUUUUUUUAAUUAGUCAUUGUUUUGUAGAAGUCGACCAUAAAUAUUCACAAUAUUCAAAGACGUGAUGUUAUUUGGAUCUUGUGACUAGUAGACUUUCAUAAUGAUUAUACACUGUUAAGAAACUUUGAUAUCAGAUUAGCAUGUUUUAUGACUUCACUGGGCCUUUUGUGUCAAUUGAAUUGCUUUUAUUUAAAAGAUGACUGCUGGUUUCUGCCAAGUAAUAUUUGCCUCAUAAUCAUUGCUGUAUUUUUUAUAUAUAACAGUUGGAAGUCAGGUAUGUAUUAUGUUAAAAUUAAUGCCAAAUGUAAAUAUUUUAAUUGUAAUAAAAAAUAAUCAAUUUG